CCCCCCCUCCCCUCCCCGGACAUAUACACACACACACACACUGAGAAGCGAACCGUGCUCACUAUGCGCCCCGGUAUGCAAUCUGCCCACGCGCUUCUCUCCCGGAGAGCGCCAGUCCGGGCACUUUCGACAGGCGGCAGAGCCCUUUUCUCGUCAGCCAGUGCCGGCAAUCCGGACGAUGCCGCGGAGACCUCCCAGCCUGUGGUGUCGGCGCCGGAACCGAAGCCUGCCCUGUCGACACCACCGGAGCGCUGGCGCUUCUCCAUGCCGGCCGCCCACCGGCGCAUCUCACGCCUGGCCCGGGGGUUCCCCGUGAAAAAGCAGGACGAUGAUCGGUUUACGCAGUCCAUGCGCGGCAUACCCCUCAGCAAGAAACUUCCCGGGCACGGCCCCUAUGGGGAGACGCUGUCCAAGCACAUUCCUGCCUCGUCGCCGGAGAUGUGGGGCACCUCUGGGGCGCACCUGGUUCCAGGAGCUGCUGGCACUAGUGCAUCGCUUCUGCGUGCGGUUGAGGGGCACUCGCGCACAAUCGCCGCCUCCCUCUGCCAUCCGGCGGCUCGGAUGGAUCCAUCACCGGCAGGCCCGGCUGCGCGGCGUGUUCGCGAAGUCAAAAAUGCACUCAUGCUGCUGGACACGGCCAAGCGCUCGCACAACCCCCAGACACUCAACUUCGUGCGAAAUGUGGCCAGCAUUUCGGUGCUCAUCAAUCCCGCCCUCGGCCCCGGCGUGUCGAACUCGCGGAUGCAGCCGUCCGAGGUGCUGAACUUCCAGCGGCGGGAGCUGGGGCACCUGCUGGAACAGACGCUGGCCUCGCUAAAUGUGACCGCCUCACCCGGGGCCGCGCUCAUGGGCUCCUCCAUGCCCGACCUCGAGACCGGGACCCUGAUUCAAUCGGGCAUGAGUCCGGACAAUCCGCGCGGCAUGGAAGCCGCCCUCGGGCCGGCGCGUUUGGUGUCCAUGAUGUCUCCCAACCAGCCGUCUGAGUCGGUCCGGGCCCCGAGCGGCGCCGAGCACACUCGCCUCCUCAAGUCCAAGAGGAUCACCCAGAACAAGCAGAUCUCCGCCCGUCGGCGGUCCAACCUGGCCACCGAGGCUCUGAUCGCCUGGACCGACGGGUGGGACUUGCGGCAGGCCGACCAGUCGGCAGACCCGAAGGAGCGCCGGAAGGCGUCUCACGAGCGCAGCUCCCGCCAGCGGCUCUUCGACGAGACGUACUCUCUCGAGCGGCCGAACUUCGUCACCAGCCAGCUGGCGAGUGAGACCACGGAGGCCACCCCGACGGCUCUGAUCGCGCCGAUCCCGCAGCUGGAUGACUAGCAAGGGGAAAUGCCUCACGUGCGUGUGCCUGUGUGUGUGUGUGUGUG